GACAGGGUUCUUUUAUUUAUUUAUCUAAACUACAAUUUCACUAAUAUGUUUAGCAUCCCUAAUUUGCUGCUGCUUUUGAUUUUAGAUGAUUCUACCUCCGCCCAAUGUGACUGGAGCACUGCACAUAGGUCAUGCCCUAACCUGCGCCAUCCAGGAUGCAAUUAUUCGUUGGAAAAGAAUGUCUGGGUAUAAUGCAUUAUGGAUUCCUGGGACAGACCAUGCUGGAAUAGCUACUCAGGUAGUUGUAGAGAAAAAGCUGAUGCGUGAAAGGCACUUAACCAGGCAUGAUAUUGGUCGUGAAGAAUUUGUAAAUGAAGUAUGGAAGUGGAAGAAUGAACAUGGUCAUACCAUAUUGAAGCAAUUAAGUAGGUUAGGAGCGUCUCUUGAUUGGUCCCGUGAGGCAUUUACAUUGGAUGAAAAAAGGUCAAGGGCUGUCACAGAGGCUUUUGUUCGGUUGUAUAAGGAAGAUCUGAUAUAUAGGGAUGUUCGUCUAGUAAAUUGGGACUUUGCAUUACGAACUGCUAUCUCUGAGAUUGAGGUGGAUUAUAUUGAUAUCAAAGGAAAGACCUCACUAAUGGUGCCUGGCUAUGACAAACCAGUGGAGUUUGGAGUUUUGACAUUAUUUGCUUACCCACUUGAGGGUGAGAAUGGUGAGAUUGUUGUUGCCACUACGAGGGUGGAAACAAUGCUUGGUGAUACAGCCAUUGCUAUUCAUCCUGAUGACAAGAGGUACAGCCAUCUGAAUGGUAAAUUUGUAAUUCAUCCAUUCAAUGGGCAUAAACUCCCCAUUAUUUGUGAUGCAAUACUUGUUGAUCCAAACUUUGGAACCGGUGCUGUUAAGAUUAGCCCAGCCCAUGAUCCUAAAGAUUUUGAAGUUAGGAAACGUCAUAAUUUGGGAUUCAUUAACAUUUUCACUGAUGAUGGCAAAAUAGAUAGCAGUGGUGGCGCAGAGUUUGUAGGAAUGCCACGAUUUAAGUGCCGUGAGGCUGUGAUUGAAGCAUUGCAGAAGAAGGGAUUCUAUAGAGGUGCUAAGAACAUUGAGAUGCGUCUUGGAAUUUGUUCAAGAAGCCAUGAUGUUGUGGAGCCAAUGGCAAAGCCCCAGUGGUACAUUAACUGCAGUAAGAUGGCAAAGCAGGCUCUUGAUGCAGCUAUGGAUGAUAAAAAUAGGAAGCUGGAGUUCAUUCCAAGACAAUAUACUGCCGAAUGGAAAAGAUGGCUUGAUAACCCACGUGAUUGGUGCAUCUCAAGGCAGCUAUGGUGGGGUCACCAGGUUCCUGCAUGGUGCAUUAAACUAGAAGACAAUGAAUUGAAGGAACUUGGAACAGAUAAUGACCACUGGAUAGUUGCUAGAGAUGAGAAAGAAGCUUUAGCAGAAGCAAACCAAAGAUUUUCUGGGAAGAAAUAUGAGAUCUUUCAAGAUCCAGAUGUGCUAGACACCUGGUUUUCAUCUGGCCUUUUUCCUUUAUCUAUCCUGGGAUGGCCUGAUGAUACCAAUGAUUUAAAGACCUUCUACCCAACAUCAGUCCUUGAAACUGGACAUGACAUUCUCUUCUUCUGGGUGGCUAGAAUGGUUAUGUUAGGAAUUAAACUGGGAGGUGAUGUGCCCUUUACAAAGGUUUAUUUGCACCCUAUGAUACGUGAUGCGCAUGGCCGUAAGAUGUCAAAGUCUCUGGGAAAUGUAAUUGAUCCUCUUGAAGUAAUAAAUGGCAUAUCCCUUGAAGGUCUUCACAAGAGGCUAGAGGAGAGCAACCUGGAUGAAAAUGAGGUGGCUGUUGCAAAAGCAGGACAAGUGAAAGAUUUUCCUAAUGGUAUUGCUGAAUGUGGUGCUGAUGCACUUAGGUUUUCACUUCUCUCCUAUACAGCUCAGUCAGAUAAAAUUAAUUUGGAUAUCCAACGAGUUGUUGGUUAUCGUCAGUGGUGUAACAAGCUUUGGAAUGCUGUACGUUUUGGAUUGGCCAAACUUGGAGAUGAUUAUGCACCUCCAUCAACCAUAAAUCCAGAGACAAUGCCUUUCGGUUGCAAGUGGAUUCUUUCAGUGCGGAAUAAAGCUAUAAAAAAAACUGUGGAGUCCUUGAAUUCAUAUGAGUUUUCAGAUGCAGCUGGCACUGUGUAUUCAUGGUGGCAAUAUCAGUUUUGUGAUGUUUUCAUUGAAGUAAUCAAGCCUUACUUUGCUGGAGAUUGUCUGGCAUUUUCCUCUGAAAGGAGAUGUGCAAAAGAUGCUCUUUGGCUGUGUCUUGAAACUGGUCUACGCUUGCUUCAUCCUUUUAUGCCAUUUCUUACUGAAGAAUUGUGGCAGCGCCUACCUGGUGCAAGGGACCUUGCAAGAAAAGAGUCCAUAAUGAUGUGCAAGUAUCCAUCACCUGUAGAGAGUUGGUCAGAUGACAGGGUUGAACAGGAUAUGGAUCUUGUAGAGUCAACUGUGAGAAGUCUCAGGUCACUGAGGGCAGAGCUGCUUGCUAAGCAGAAAAACGAAAGGUUGCCUGCCCUUGCUUUGUGUCAAACUAAUGCUGUAGCUGAAACCAUUAGAAGUCAGAAAUUAGAGAUCUUAACUCUAGCCACUCUAUCAUCUUUAGAGGUUCUCCUUAGUGGAAGAGAUGCUGCACCAGAUGGGUGUUCGCAUGUGAAUGUAAAUGAAAACCUUGUGGUUUAUCUCAAAGUUCAUGGAACCCUAAACAUGAGGGCAGAAGCUGAACAGAGAAAAAUUAAGGGCCUGUUUGCUUCCACAGAUGAAAUUCAGCAUAGAGUGGUAUGUACAGACCUGAUUUGUCUUCUUCUCAAGAUGGAUGAUCUGUUACGGUUAGAUUGCUGUUUUGAAGAUAUCCAAUACUCCAAAUAUGGCCAAGUGAUGGACCUCUUGUUAUCACAAGUACAGGGGCAACUCUCAGUUCCUUCCACUUCAGUUAUGGCUAAAUGGACGGGCAUGGAAAAUUAAGAGGUUUAAUUUUUCCUUAGAAAUGACUCUUUAUUUUGAAUGUGAGUUUUUUUUUUCUUUUUUUAAUGGAAAAGGAAAUCUUAUAAACUAGUGAUACUGCC